AUUCACCGUGGCCGCACGUCCGUCGCCGUCGAGUUUGUUUUGUUGGCAUUUGUAAUAUAAUUGUAUAAUAUUAUUAUUGUACUUGCAUGUGCGCGACCGUCCGGAAGUGUAAACGAAAACAUCCGAAUCGAACAAUUCGAGUGAAAAAGCUAUCUAUGCCGCGUUGAUGGCAGGUCGCGUCGUCCGUGUCAGUGCGGCGGUGGUGGCGAUCAGUCGAGUGUGAGAGAGGUAUUUUUUUUUAGUUCUUCCGCCCGACCAGUGUUUUUUCGGCGCUUUGCACACCAGUGGCCGGACACCAAGACGACAUGGCGUUCUUCUUUUGCGCUUCCGGUAACGCUACGGAGCUGAUGACCCAAGGAGCGGCGUUCAAAAUGCAAACCGACCAAAUGGGCCCUAUUCUCCAAGCGACUGAUCCCAACAGCAACCACAACUGUAGCGUCGCCAUCAACGGUGCCGGCACGACAGCGACGGCCACCGGGUUCGAGAUGUAUUCGUACUUUGCGAGCACGGCCACCGCUGGCGGCGGCACGGGCAACAACAUUGGCACCAUCACGGUGGCUCCCUCGUGCGGCGGCAACGUGCAGUCCAUAGCGCAAGCGCACUUUACCGGCAUCCAGCCUGCUGCACACCACCUCCAUCACCAUCACCACCACCAGCAGCAGCAGCAGCAGCAACAGCAGCAGCAGCAACAACAACAACAGCGACAGCAGCAGCAGCAGCAGUCAGUCUCCACGGCCAUCAAUUGUUCUGUUGUCCGUGCGAUCGCUGCCGCCACCGCCGUCGCAACCGCACCGUCGUCCAUGGCGUCCGCCUCGGCCGUGCAAUCGACCGCCGCCGUCUCAGCAUCGGCCGGCAAAAUAAAAGAAAUGCCGAAGUUGGUGAAACUCGCUCCAAACGGAAUGCCCGAAAAGUCGGCCUUACAUCAAGAAUCUAAAAAACGUAAAAAACCUAUCGGCAAAAGUACCUCCAUGGCCACCAGCAAACCAUUGACUAUAGUGGCUCCAACGCCAAUAAUGACUAGCAAAAACGAGGAUGCGGCCAACUCGACCAAGUACACGUACACCACGCAGCAAAUCGCCCCGUCUUCGACGUCCAAGAAAAAAGACUCUACCAACGUGCAGGGCAGUCAAACGACAACGGCCAUCAAAACCGGUGUCAGCGGAAGUAGCAUCCCGGUGGGCAUUGCUGUAGCCAGACAGAGGUUCACCCAGAGUUCGUCGAGCAGCAGCAGCAGCAGCACCAGCACCACCACCACCACCGAAGUUCAACAGAGGCAAAGGGAGGCGACCACCUCGACUGUAUCCGUGCCCGACGUGGUCGCCCAGUCUCCAGUGCAAACCAUGGUGCUAUCUUAUAACGACUGUUCGAUGGCCACUGCCGCCGCCACGACCACGUUAAACAGAUGGCCUACGUCCGGUGGCUGUGGUAUUCCCCAGAACACCAUCGGUAGCCAAUGGAGCUAUCAAAACACCACGUUAAGAGCGCCUUCUCUGGAACAGCAACCCAUUCAGCCGGUAGGCAAUUAUCAGUUGGUUCAGGACCAGACUUCUGGACAAUUUUUCCUGUUGCCCCAAAAUUCCAUUACUGGCGUGAUGACGAUGCCGUUUGAUUACUGCAAGCCGGACGCUCAGGGUCAGGCCAACCAGGGUUACACUCUCAUCCAACAACCCCCACAGCAAAUGACCACCAUUUCGCCGAUCAUAAAUCAUCCGCAGUACACUUCCAUAGCCAGCGCAGGUUCGUAUCUGAUCCAACAAGUGGGUUCUUCUACCCCACCGGCUCUGAUCAACAACGGCCACCACCAUCAUCAUCCUCAGAUGGUGGACAACUCCGGCCACCAGCAGCCGUUGAUCCAGUUGACGUCGCCUGAAAAUCAAAUGAUCAUUUUCAACCAACAGCAGUCGGCCAUUGUCGCCCAACCGUUGGUCAGUCACAUACAGUCGCCGCACUCGGGGCUGACCAUAGCGCAAAUGCAGACGGCCGGCUGUCAGAGUCAAAUCAACGACAUACAGACCGUGUCCGAAUCGGUGACCGUCCAGACGAAACUGGUCCAACAGUCCAUAACCGAGAAGAGCACCAUUUCGAGUCAUCACACCGAGAAGAACUUAUCCAUCUCGUUGGAUUACUGCAACACGACGGUUAGUGAACCCGAAACGGAACCAAAACAGGACUACGUUGUCUCCACCGAAUCAAUCCAAGACCCUAACGCCAUCAUCGUAUCUCAAGAUGCUAGCAAUCAAACAGACUUGUUGAAUGAAGACGAAUUGUGUCACUCCGUGGUGGAAGACGCCAACAAACCGACCAAUGAGUACAUAGAGACCGCGCAGUACUGUAACGAGGAUGGACGUUUCAUAAGCAAUGGCGCCACUCAGACUGGCUCGGUGCUGUUGUCGAUAACUGAAAAUGCUUGUACGCCGGACAUUACCGGACUGGAGUUGUUGUUGAACAGCAUUGAGCAGUUUGAAAAACGCAACUCGGCUGAACGGGAACAACAGGAAGAAUUGCACAAAGAAGAGCAAAUGAAAAUUAAAAGGGCCGAAGAAAAUAGUAGCAGUAGUAAUAGUUUUGGUGCUGUCGAAGAAGUGGAAGAAAAAGGUGUGAACAAAAUCGACUUACUGUUGUUGGCAGAACAGUUUUUAGCAACUGAAAAGUCUAACGAUACGGCCAUCCAGAAGUCAAUUGCCGUUCCCAAAACGUAUUCCAAUUACAAGAAGACAGCCGUAAAAUUACAAAAUCGUCAAAGUGAUGGAUCUGCUGAUGAAAGCAACGAAGCGGUUACUAAAACGGUACCAAUAAAAGAAUCGCCAUCGGUCGUUCCCGAUACACUCAGGUCAAAAGAAACACCAUUGAAAGACUGCUCUAAAUCGGAAAAAGUUAAGACAACAAGUGUUAACAGCUCUGUAAAAGCAGUCAAGAGAAAGUUGUCCGAUUCGAGUGUGGCCACGACGGGAGUUAUUAAACGAGGUCCCGGUCGUCCAAAAAAAAUACACAAAGAAGAUGAGACCAAUGUCAAAGGAAAAGGCUUAAAGUUGAAUUGUAGUACAAGGAUCAACAAAAAAAUCUCCAGUUCCUCUUCGUCUGAUCUCUCGCCUCCUGUUUUGGAACCGUGUAGUCCGUUUUCUACUCGUAAAGAUUCUACUAAAACGCCACCCACUCUCUCUCCGAUCUCAUCGUCCGCCAAGUCAUCGGAUGCCAUGAAGUCAUCCGAUGAUGACAAGUCUGUUGGCAGAAAACGGUCUACGUCUUCAGCUUUGACAAGUGAAGACGACUUUAGGCCUCCUUUGAAGAAACGUAAAGUGGGGCGUCCACGGAAAAACGCCGUUAAUCCAUUUGAAGAAGUCAUCAAGCAACUUUUGACAAACAAUCAAAAUAAUAAGGAAAAGCAAGUUCCUCUGACAUCUGGUUUAUUGAGCAGUGUUGCUUCAAUCAAAGCUAAUAAAGCAGAAACGUCUUCUGGUAGUCAAUACAAAAUCAAACCUAAAUUAAAGGCCGAAGUGAAGAUUAAACACUGGGAUGUCGAAGAUGACGACGACGAAAUUCAGGAACCUGUAGACAUACUGGCCACACCAGAAUAUGUGUGUAAGAAACGUCAAAUGGCAGAUUCUUUACACAGAAUUCCUCCUCCGUACGUGGCUGCGAAACCAGCAGUUAUCCCAAAGAAAAGGAAGUUUUCUAGCGCGUCGUUUGAAAGCAUCGACGAAUUAAACGAACUGCCGACAACACCAGAAAAAGUAGCCACUGAUCGUUUUCCCGUGAGAAGCGAAAGCCCCGAAUCGGAAAUUUCUCCCGAACGUACGACCGAUGAACGGGACAGUUCUACAACGGUCGAUCUCGCUGAACGACAGUGCACACCCGUCAGUCCGAGUCGACCGAAUGUAGAAACGGCUACCGCCGAUGGCGAUUAUGAGAGGAAAAGACUGAAGAAGAAACACAAACACAGGAAACACAAGCACAGUCACGACGAAUCGAAGACAAAGCACAAACAUAAACACCACAAAAAACACCACAAGAAGCAUAAGCGCCGCCGUGACUCCGAAGUCAAUUUGUCUGUAUCAGACCCGCCGUCGUUGUCGCCGCAAACCGCUGUCAUUGAAAUAUUGUCAUCGAUGGACGAUGAAGACGACGACGACGUUAAGUCUAAAGAGGAGAAUGAGCCCAGCGAAGUAGACAGUGGAGACAUUCCGACAUUUUUGUCCGACCAACAAAUCUGGAAGUGGUCGGGCGAUAGUUACAAGCGACCAGGACGCGGUGGCAACAAGAAGACCUAUUACAAAUCGAUCACCAGAGGGGACGACACCAUAAAAAUCGGCGACUGCGCUGUGUUUCUAUCUUCUGGACAACCCGACCGACCGUUCAUCGGCAAAGUGGAUUGUAUGUGGGAAACCAAUUUGGAGAAAAUGCAAGUCAAAGUUUUCUGGUUUUAUCAUCCCGAAGAGACCGCCAGCGGUUUCACCGGAGAACUGCCCUAUCCGGGCGCGUUGUUCAAAUCUCCACAUAACGACAUCAACGACGUGCAAAGCAUUAUGAACGCGUGUCAAGUUGUUCCGUUUGACGAUUUCAAAGCUAUCGUCGAAAAAGAACCCGAACGACUCGAAGCCAUUUACGAAAACAACGAUUUGUUCUAUUUAGCCGGCGACUAUGAACCCGUCAUGAAAAUGAUCAAGUUCUGUGACGGAGUGAUGACAUCAAAAUAACUUAUCAUCGCUUACAUCUAUUUAUAUUUGUAUUUAUACUGUUCAGUUAGUUUUUGCUCUUGUUUAUUUAUUGACACAAUUAUUUUUUAUGUAUCCAUUAUUUAGGUUUUUUAUUUAAACCUGUUUGUUACCUGUUUAAAACUAUUUAGAACUCGUAUCCUGUUCAGAAAUAGUUUUUUAUUAUUAUUAUUAUUAUUUUUUUUUAUUAUUAUUAUUUUCAUGUUUAGUCUUUUAUGUUAUAAUUAUUUGACCCUUUAAAAAUAAAAGUCGUAGAUGUACGUAUUAUCAUUGAAUUUGUGGGAUUUUAUUUUUGCGUAACAAAAAAAAAAAAUUAAUCCUCAAACAUCAUUUUUUAUGAUACAAUUAUUGUGUUGUUAGUAAAAAAAGUCUUGCUUGAGGACAAGUUUCAUUUUGAAAGGACUUGGUAUUGAAGGUGUGUGAGACUGUUAGAUAUGCGGUUUUCCUACUAAGAGGAUUAGCAUUUUUAGUAGUUAUAGAUAGAGGUUUAGUGUGUGUGCAAUGUAAACUCAUCCAAUCAAUAAAGCAUAUAUGUAUGAUAAUCACUCAAAUACUCAUUUAGCGUUAGAAUACUAAAAUUUUAUUUGAUUAUUUAAUCCAGGAAGUAAAAAAUUGAAUUUAAGUGUUAAUUUGUUUCAAAAGAUACAGCUGUCAGAUUAAAUAUGUUUUAAUUAGGUGUCCAAGUAAUUCAUAUUUCAUAUACUCAUUACUCAUAAGAAAAAUUACUUAAUAUUGUCAAAU